GAGUCGCAGAGGGGGCCGGACGUCUUGCUACAAGUUUUGCUAAAAUAAUUCCAAGGAAACGAAACAACGGCAGGGUCAAAGUGCGAUGAAUCUCAUUCAAUGAUUACAUUGUUAUAAAAAUUGUAAGGUGUUUCAAGUAUCCUUCGCCAUGGCGCCUUCACUGUUUAGUUACGAAACCCUAGUGCAUGCGAUUGCAGGAGCUACAGGCAGUGUAGUUGGAAUGGCUGUGUUUUAUCCAUUGGAUACUUUGAGAUCAAGAAUACAAGUUGAAGAUUCCAAUAAACUGCAAGGAUCAUCUAUUGAACUUCUGUUAAAAUUAGCAAGUGAAGAAGGAUUGGAGUCCUUGUAUCGUGGUUUGGCACCUGUUCUACAGUCACUCUCUGUAUCCAAUUUUGUAUAUUUUUAUACAUUCCAUGGUUUACGUCGAAUGUCGUCGAAAGAUACAUCUGCUUUAAAAGACUUGAUGUUUGGAAUAAUUGCUGGAAGCAUUAAUGUACUUCUCACUUCACCAUUGUGGGUUGUUAACACUAGAAUGAAGCUGGAAAAGUCAACCUACAAUAGCUUGACAGAAGGGCUUAUAGAUCUAUUUAAAAAGGAAGGCGCACGCGGUUUGUGGUCUGGUACAGUGCCAUCCCUGUUAUUAGUUUCGAACCCAGCAAUUCAGUUCAUGGUUUACGAGGCGUUAAAAAGACAAUUAAUAUCUAAAGGUCUAUUUGAUACAUUUUCUGCAUUUCUAAUAGGAGCUGUUGCAAAAGCUGUAGCAACCACUCUAACCUAUCCACUCCAGUUGGUACAAUCAAGGCUUCGUGCUGGUACUAGUUUAAAGCCCUUGUUUAGGGACGUCAAAUCGAAGCCAUCGGUGGCAUUCCGUGGUUUAGAAGCAAAAUUAUUGCAGACAAUUAUGACGGCUGCUCUCAUGUUCAUUAUUUACGAAAAACUAGUCCGUUUGGUGUUAACAAUAAUGAGAGUACGGAUGGCUAGGCAUUGAAUUGUUUCCUGAAAUUUACAUCAAACAAACCAAAACCAGUUUUGUUGCAAUGUUGCGAUAUGAACAAGGUCGUAUCUCAAUCUUGCAUGGAUUUAAAUAAAUCAAGGUUUCUAAAAACUUAAUCUUUGGUGGCUUUGGACUCAAUUAUGCCAAUUAAACAAUAUGUUGUGAUUUUAUAUUAAGUACUCAAUUAGAGCUCUUCACCACGGCACGUUUUUGCCGUGAAAAUCUAGCAAUUAGGUACACCACGGCGAUGAAUUUUGUAUGGGUAAUUAUAAAAAAACGUGCCGUAUACAAGACGCCUUAUUGUCACAAAAAGGAACUGGUCUAUAGUUUUAAGUGUCAUAAGCAUAUGCCAAAUUCUUGCUUUAUUAGGCAAUUUUUUUAUAUCGGUAUAUGAAUAUAAUUUAUACAGAGUGACGUAAUAUGGCUGCGUGUAAUCACAUGAUUACCAUCCAGUCAGGUAGGUAUUACAAAUACGCAGAUCCAGUGACCUUGACUGUUUGAACAUAAGUAUUAAGUCAAGGUUGUUAAGAUAAACAGUUAAGUGUGUAUAAUUUUGUUAUUGAUAGAGAAUUAGCAAUAUUGCUAAAAGUCCCUGAUAAGGAAACCUAUAGUCUGCACUGGAAUCAGGCAGACUUAUUGAAGUAGUUUCCUUAAGAUAAAAUAUUAUGUUUAAGCUUAACUAUCAUGUACAAAGUCCAACUGUACCGGAACCGGAUGGCAAGACAAAUUCUUCGUACAAUAUAAGCGUGAUCUAUACCUGCACCCUUUGUAAAGUUACCCUAUCGUACAAGUCAAAUGUCUUGACGAGCUAGGCCUGGCCCCAAACCAAACGCAUUAAAUAAAAAUGUACCGACAGUCAAGAAAGAGAAAAAUAUGUUGCUGUUAAAGUACAUUAACAACUGUGUAAUAAGUGAUUUAUGCCCGUUUUGACCAACAAUCUCUUAAUCUAAGUGCCACUUAGAAUAAGGGUUCUCCCAAUUUUGACAUAAAUAACUAUGUAUAAGGGACACCUAAACUUUGGUGAAAACGAAAUUCUUAUUAAGUGUUCCGUAAAUGCUCUUAGGGGAUCCCUAAAUUUAGGUAUUUGUUGGUGAAAAUGGGCAUUAAAGUAUUCUAUUAAUUUGCUACUACCGCAUUUGAGCUAAUAGUAAAUAAGCAAACUUAAAGCCAAGCAAGUAAAA